AAGGUUACAUUUUUUAAAUUUCUGUUAGAGCUCCAUCGUCUCAAAAGUUUAAAAAAGUGUAAUGUUUUUUGUUUGCGCAGUUUGCGUUGUUUUGACCCGGCCUCCUGUCAGUGUCAGCUGUAGGAAGCGGCAUGUAAAUAAAUCAGACGUCCGUGGCAUGCACUCACAGUACUGUUCUUGAAUUUUAAAGGUACCCCAUCUUGUUUGGAUACAUGUGAUGAGUUGGCAACAGAUCUGAACCUGCGUAGUAUAAAACCACUCCUGUUUCAGUGUUGUUGAGUUUUAGCAGUAUCUGAAUAUUUUGAUUACUGUAUCAGAUAAUCGCAUUUUGUGAUUUGAUCCUUUCAAAAUGGCAUGGUGGAAAAUAGGCGCAUUUGUUGGAUUUGUAACAGCUGCUGUCCUGAGAAGAUUGUUGAGGAACAGUAGACUAUGCCCAAGUAAGACCCAAAUGAAUGGUAAAACUGUCAUCAUAACCGGGGCCAAUUGUGGCAUUGGAAAAGCUACAGCAUUAGAGCUAGCUCGAAGAAAUGCUAGAAUUAUUUUGGCUUGUCGUAACUUAGCAUCAGCUGCAGAAACAGCCAAGCAGAUAUGCAGAUCAACAGGAAAUACAGAGAUAAUUCCUCGAGCCCUUGAUUUGAGCUCCAUAAAAUCUAUCAGAGAGUUCAGUCAGGAGAUUCUUUCGGAAGAACAUCGAAUUGAUGUUUUGGUUAAUAAUGCUGGUGUUUUCCAAUGUCCUUACAGUAAAACUGAGGAUGGUUUUGAAAUGCAGAUGGGUGUGAACCAUUUCGGUCAUUUCCUCCUUACGUCUCUGCUCACAGAGAGGCUAAAACAGUCAGCCCCGAGCAGAAUUGUUAUUGUGUCAUCAGCUCUUAGCAAAAGGGGCUCAAUUAAUUUUGAUGACAUUCACAGUGAAAAGAGUUACAACAAAAUGAAAGCUUAUGCAGACAGUAAGCUCGCAAACCUCAUGUUCACUAAAGAGCUCAGCAAGAGACUGGAUGGCUCUGGUGUUUCAGUAUUAGCACUGCACCCUGGGAUGGUCGCUACUGACAUUGCUCGGCACGUUGUGUCAAGAGUAACUGCCAAGCUUUUUUCCCCUAUCGUUGUUGCACUAGGCUUGAGGGAUGCCAGUGAGGGUUGUCAGCCAGUUGUUUACUGUGCCAGUGCAGAAGAACUGAAGGGUUGUUCAGGAGUUUAUAUCAGUAAAUUGUGCAAGGAAUGUGAGUUUCCCAGCAGUGCUUGUGAUGAAGAACAAGCUAAAAAACUCUGGGACAUCAGUGAACAGUUAACGAAGACAAAGUUCCCUUAAGGGUGGAAAUAACAUGUUCCUGAUUAUGUAUGUAGGUUUAAUUCCCUUACCACCUACAUGCUUAUACUAGUAACAGAAAAACCACUAUGAAACCUUCCUCUAUAAUAUCAGUCUCAGGUGUGUAUUUUAAUGCAUUAUGUUGUGUGUAUAGUUUGUUUGUCCAGGGUUUUUUUUAUUGUUUUUUAAGGGGGUAGGGCUUGUGU